AACUCUCGCUCGAGUCACACUGAGUUUGGAGAGAAGAUACUUUGUUGCUACGCAGUCAGAAAUAUUUGAUCUGAUCUGGUGUGAAAGAGACAGAAGAAAAAAAGAAGUUAGAUUGUAUUGUGUUUUUUGGACACGUUGAGCUUUAAGACUUAAAAAUGGGUGCCAGUGAAAGCAAGAUGACCAUGGCAUCAACACCAAAGCCAGAUCCGAGCCAGCGACUGAAAGCACUGCGUGUAUCAAUGCUCGCGGACCCUCGCUCACCGUCCUGUGGUGUCGACCGCACACCUAUACAGGUGGGUGUGGCUUACUCACCUCUUCCUGUAGUGGAGUCAGUUGGGCCAGUAUUUGUUGACCCCCGCUCACCCACUCCUGGCGUUGCCCGAACCCCAAUAAAGGUGAGUGUCACUUCUCUUGCUCGGCGGCUGAGCACCUUCUUUCUCAACGACAUUAAGAAUGGCGACUCAUCUGCAGCUCCCCUUCCCCCUGUCUCUUUCACCAAACACAUCAGCCUGCCCAGUGUGGAGAAGCAACAAGACAGAGAGCAUCUGCUUCCUCUAGUGAAGGAACAGGACUCGGGCAUCCUCAACGGACAUACAAAUGCUUUGUCUAUCUCUGAGGUUCUCUCUCCUUCAGAGGGCUACGGCUCCAUAUGCAGCAGUCCGUUUGUGCUGAUUGGUGACACUCAGGUGGAGGUGGAUGCUGAGCCCUCGCUAGAAGAGGCGGAGGAGGCUCUGUUUCUUGGUGGUUCUCCUAUGAAGAAGGAGCUCAGUUUGAGUCCGCUUGUAUGUCAAGAAGGCAUCUACUCAUCCUCUCUGGAGGAGCGUCCUCUGACUCCCCUUCCUCCUGCUGAGACUCAACCGAAUGAGGAUCACUCCUAUGCCCUUGUCUCUAUUGUCCCACAAUCCACGGAUUCCUCCACACCUGCUGUUGAAGCUGCCAUGACCUCUGAGGUGGAUGAUGUCUCAUCCCAGACAUCUGACAAGCAGUCUCACCCCCAUCAGGUCACUGUUGCAGUUCCAGAGCAGAUCCAUGAGCAGUUAGAGGUGACCAAACCUCCAACACCUCAAGCAGCUGUUGCCUCCAGCAAAUCCAGCCCAGUGACCAACACCCAAGUUGAAAAUGUACAGCCCAUCAUCUGCUGUCCAAAGUUUGACACCCGUAGCCCCAGUCAGGCUGUUUUUAAGCCCCAGUGGUUGGGCGUGGGGUUUGGAACCUCUGGUGUCAGAGCAAGAGGGGAACAAGGGCGUGGAAAAACAACAGUGUCUUCACCACUCUCCAAAAAAACUGCCACCAACGAGAAUAACAAUAUUGUUGUGCACUCCAAACAGAGGCAGAGAGAAAAAGUUCUGAUUGGCGAGGGCAGAUCCCCUCUGCAAAUUCUGAAGGAGGCCAAUUCGCCCCGGGAACGUAACUCACAGAUGAAGUUCAAAGUGUCCACCCCAGAAAAACAGAGAUUCAACCAGAUGGACAGAAGGGCUCUGAUUCUCUCACUGAACAAGGAGAAUGAGUGAGACAAACUGGAGGCAUGGACAGACGGAGCAUUUUACCCAACACUAUGUAGAUAAUACAUUUUCAUGUCGACUUCAUGCCUUAAAUUGAUUUUCUAAUUUUCUUUGUGUGUUUUUUUUUUUUUGUAAAUAAACUGUGUGUUUUAAUGUAAA